AAAAGGAAAGCUUUGCUUGCUAGCCGUCGAGCGGCUCCGUUUUUAGCCGUUUCAAGUUUGCAGUGUUCACCUGUCUGAGUGCUUGGCGAUGUGCAAACCUGUUUGACAACACAGUAACGUUAACUAUGGAAGAGGAGCGAGCACCGACGAUCGUUAGCAACGAACCAGCUAGCUCCUCUGUUGUGGAAAAUCGCUCUCCAUGUUAACAUGCAGGAAGCUGUCUGCCGUGGUGCAAUACAUAUUUCAAAAAAAAAAAAUCGACUUAAUCGCUUUGGCGACCGGAGCUCCGAAUUACGAAACCUGUAUGGGAAUGUUUUCACAGCCCGCAGACCGUAAACAAAGGUCACAGCACUGGAAGUACAUUAGCAAGGGAGGCUGGACUACGGAAGCCUGGAGAGGGUUAUGAAACCAGGAAGAGAUCAUCAGAGACCCGUGCAGGAGACUGUCCAUGGACACGCAUGACCAUGCUGUUCUUCUGUUUUCUAGGGGAACUAUUUAAUAAUUAAUUAUAGUGCUCUUUUAGAACAACUUACGGUAGUCAUCUCUAUUGAGUUUUCUAUUUUCAGGAAACGCUUUUGUGACAUCGCUCACCAACUCAUUCACCAAGGUCACAAGUAACGUUACCAGUCGAUGUGGUGGGAGAGCUAAGCCUUCAGCACAUGCGGUUAUAGUAACUUUAAAAGCCACAAGUGCAAAAAAAAAAAAAAAUGGCUGGACUUAUAAAUUUUGAAGAUGAGAAUGAAGUGAAGCAGUUUUUGGACAAUUUGGGAGUGGAGUACAGUUUCCAAUGCUACAAAGAAAAGGAUCCUGAAGGGUGCCAAAGGCUCUCAGACUACUUGGAAGGGGUGAAGAAAAACUAUGAAUCGGCGGCACAAGUGCUCAAACAUAACUGUGAAACAAAUGGACAUGGAGAGAGCUGCUAUAAACUGGGGGCUUACCAUGUCACAGGCAAAGGUGGAGUGACUGAGUGUCUGAAAACAGCCUACUCCUGCUUUAUGCGCUCCUGCAAUACCAACGGAAAGAAGUCUAUAGAUGCCUGCCAUAACGUUGGUCUGUUAGCCCAUGAUGGACGAGUUAAUGAAGAAGGACCCGACGUUACAGUAGCUCAGCAGUACUAUGAGAAGGCCUGCGCUGGUGGCUUCGCUCCUUCCUGCUUUAACCUCAGUGCUUUGUUCAUUCAGGGCAAUUCCAAAGGACUGCCACCCGAUAUGAAUCGAGCUUUGAAGUACGCUAACAGGGCUUGUGAGCUGGGACACGUGUGGGGCUGUGCCAAUGCAAGUCGUAUGUACAAACUUGGGGAUGGCACAGAGAAGGAUGACAAGAAAGCAGAGGAGCUGAAGAAUCGAGCGAAGGAGCUGCAUGGUUUAGAGAAAGAAAGGCAGCUCAAAUUUGGGGAAUGAAUGUGACACUUGAUUAAAUUAUCAUUGUUUUUGGUUUGCCUACACAUCUGGUGUUCAGUCAGGUUGUUUGUGGGAACAAGUAUAUGUGUGCAAAAAA